CCCUGCCAUUCAAUGACGCAACUUUUUGCUAUGGGGACCGUAACCUAAACCUAAAAGUUCCCCCGACCCCCCCCCCAACCUUGGGAUAGGUGCACAACCCUAGCGUCAUUUAAAUUUGGCUAUACUUUUGUUUAAGGAUUGGUAAACAAAUGCAAAAAAUAAACAAAACAUUGCACAGUACAGUUUUUCAGAGAUACAAAUAUUCUGUUGUUUGUGUCUAGCCGGAGAAAUAUACUACCAUAGCUGGAACCCGAAGAAUCCGAAUGUUCUCAUCAAGACUGUCACAAGUCAUUUACAACAUCCGCGUCUGUGUUGUAUCGGAUAUACAAACUCUGUAUACAAAUAAUACCCAAAACUUUUCAUGAAGAAACUUUUCAAGAAGCAACAUUGGACCAAGUUACUGCAUAUUUACCGCAGGACUGUAAGGUCACGACCUCGCUUCAGUUUGGUCACGGUUUAGUACCACGGUAUUUAGAAAUUAGUAUUACUGGACACUGACUUUGGUUUGUUCUGUGUUGUAACUCAUAAAUAUCAAAGACAUUCAACAAUACUCUAAAACAAUGUAGCUGCAGUUUCGUCAUCUGAAGACUUGAACGGAAAAUGGGAAAGCCAUAUUAAGAAAGACUGUCGUUCAUCUCUGGUAAACAACAAAUGGCGUCUUUUAUGGCGGCAUAUCAUGAAGCCCAACAGCAAUAUAUGGUUUUGAAGAGGAAAGAUUUGAACAAGCCGUCAGUCAGAACUUUCACUGCAUUAUCUGCACAAACGUUCUUCGAGAUCCAGUUAUGUGCCGUGAAAAUCAACAUCUAUUCUGCCGUGCUUGUAUAACCAGACAUCUGACGAACUCUCAAACAUGCCCGACAUGUAUGCAAAAGCUCAGAAUCGAUACGUUGACGCAAGCCCCUCGAGCCGUAACGAAUUUUCUCUGUGAGUUGACGAUUCGUUGCGACUUUUACGACCGAGGUUGCGUAGUCUUGAUAGAGUUGGGAGAUCUCGAGAAUCAUCUCAAGGAGUGCGGGUUUGCUCCUGUUGUCUGCUCCAACGCAGGAUGCGAACUUGUAGUGAAUCAACGAGAUUUAGUUCAUCACGAGUCAGCUGUAUGCGAACAACGAAGGGUGAAGUGCCAUAAUUGCGCGGAGCUACAACAAGAGAUGGAUACAGUGAAGACUACGUUAGCAGAAAUGAACAAGAAACUUGACGAUAUUCAGGACAAAUUCGCAAUUCAGAACAAAUUCGAGAGCAUGGAAAAGCAACAAGAAAAAUUAUCGAGGCAUGAAUUUGAAGACACGAAGUUCAAAGUGGUUGUAGCUGGAGGUUGGAAUAAAGAUUCCAGUCAGUUAAAUUCCGUAGAACUGUUCGAUUCAUCAAGAAGAACAUGGAGUUAUCUACAACCGAUGAAAGAAUGUCGCAAGAGUGCAUCAGCAUUUGUUUACAACAACCAGAUUAUCGUUUCUGGUGGCUGGACCAAAUCGAACCGUCGACCACUUCGAACCAAUUCAAUGGAAGCACUGCAGAAUGCUAACCAAAUUUCUCCGUUGUCAACCUGGAAAAAUUUUCCUGCCAAACUCUCCGGAAAAUUGUCAGGUUUCAGUACUGUUGUUUAUAAUGAUAGUUUGAUAGUCGUAGGAGGUAUUACUGAUGAUUCCUACUCCGCGAAUAUCUCAGAAGUGUCUCUUGUUCACCCUUAUACCAUUAAAAUGUUGACUAAAAUGCCACGGAGUAUGGGCUUGCAUGCUGUUGAAUUAUUUGGUGAUAAGAUUGUAAUUAUAGGAGGACGUAAGACCCGAUGCAUUAAUAAUGUUCUUAUGUAUGAUAUUAAGAAAAAUAAAUGUGAAGAGUUAGCACCCUUGCCCUAUCCAGUACAAAAUGUGGCUACAGUGAAAUGGGCUGAUAAUGUUAUUGUAAUUGGUGGGCAGGAAAGAGACUUUAUGGCGUUAAACACUGUCAUAAUUUACAAUAUUAAGAGUCAGAAGAGCCACUGGUUACCUCCCAUGAUAUACAAGAGAUCAGCAUGUACUGCAGCUGUCGUUGACAAUACCAUAAUUGUUAUGGGUGGAGAAGAUGAGAAAGAAAACAUUCUAAAUUCUGUAGAAAGAUUUAGUUUCACUCAUUAUACUUGGGAAGAACUGCCGUCUAUGCACGAGGCAAGAAAAGCCUUUACCUCUGUUGCAUGCUAAUUUGAUCUAAAAUAACUUUAUCCCAAAAUAUGUAGAGC